AUGAACAGCGGACGCGCCGGUCGGGCUGCUGGCGCCCCCUUAGCCCUCGGGGUAAGGCUGGCGGUGCUCGUGCUUCUCCUGUGCUCGUGUGGACCACCUGUCGCGACGGGCCAGGCGGAGAGUCUCGACAUUGAACAGAUUGCACAGAGGGAUCUGUACGCCGUGUUGGAACUAGAGCCAGGAGCGGCGGCGUUCGAUGUGAAGGCGGCGUAUAGGAAGCUCGCGAAGAAGUGGCACCCCGACAAAAAUCCAGACGACACUCAGACCGCGCAGAGCAAGUUUGCCGAGAUCGCGGAAGCCUACGAAGUCCUGAGCGACGACUCCUCGAGGCAGCUCUACGACCACGCGCGUCGCGUUCGAGCGGCCCACGAACAUGCCAACAGCGACCACAACCGCGAACACUCGGGGGGGCGCGGACGGGGCGGCGGCGGCGGCGGCGCCGGGGUCUGGGAAAUGGAUCCGGAGUGGUUCUACGCUGACGGGGGUGAUUGGGACGGCUUUGGCAGCUCGUUCGGUGGCGGUGCGGCGUUCGGUGGCGCCCCGUACGGCGGUGGCUGGGGCGGGGCGGGCGGGGGCGGGGCGUUUGAGUUCCGCGCUCGCGACCCGAUGGAGCUGUUCGAGACCAAGGCGUCGAGAAUUCGCGUUCCAGCCUCACGCGUGCGAUGGUUGUUGGCCGUUGCCUAG